CGUGGCUUAGCCGUUUGAAUAGAUGUUGCCGGCUGCCCUCCAAAUCUAGCCCGGCUAUUCGAUCAAGGUUUAACAUAACUUUGUCUGCAAACCCACAUACGGGAAGCUACGGGAAGUUACCCUGAUCAUUGGCAAUGUGGCCAAGAAGCAUUGGUGCGAUGAUUGCGAUGGCCUUUCCGUUCUCACGAACGAAAGGCUAUUAUAAACGAUUGCGCAAAUAACAGAAACCUCAGUUACCGGUGGCCAAGUAUGUACUACAAGUCACUCUUCCCCGACCUACCAAAGAUUCCAGAAUCAAACGUCCACCACUUUCUCCUCGGCCGGCCUGAGCAGCGGAACUGGCCAGACUACACUUUGUUUGUGAAUGUGGCGACUGGCCAGCGCGUUUCAUUCCGGGAGUUUGUCGAGCGCGUCCGCGAUGGGGCUACUGCACUGGGUGGCCUUGGUCUUUGUCCAGAGAACGGAGAGCUAGUCGGAAUACUGAGCGAGAACUGCCCAGACUAUAUCGCACUGAUCCAUUCGCUGCUAGUUAUCACAGUCCCAUUUGCGCUGUUCUCAUGCUAUUCAACACCACAUGAGUUUAAACAUGCCAAUUCGCUCGCACAGGCGACUAGGAUUUUUACGAGUCCAUCGUUAUUGUCACUCGCUUUGACUUCGGGUCUCCCACCAGAUCGAAUUUACCUUCUAGAGGGAGAGAAUAAAGGUCACACAAGCUAUGAUCAGCUCGUCUCCUCGACUCGCAAGAAUAAGAUCCCACGGCUGCCAGUCCGUCAUGCUACCAAGGACACUCUGGCCUACCUGGUUUAUUCAAGUGGGACAAGUGGUCCUCCAAAAGCCGUCAUGAUAUCCCACGGAAACAUCACCUCAGCGACCCUCACAAUAAAAAUAAACGGUGAGGAAGCGAGUAAAGUUCAAGUGCCACCAGUAUUGGACACUCCUGAAGGGCUUCCAGUAUUCUUCAGUGUCCUUCCGGCUUACCACUCUCUUGGUCUCUGCUGGACUGCUUUCUUCAACUUCCUCAAACCCUUGACGAUUAUCAUACUCCCGAAGUGGAACAUCGACGCGUUCUUUGACAAUAUCCCGAAAUACCGCGUCACGAGUGUGACCUUGAUCCCCUCCCUUAUAAUCCAGCUUAUGCAGCAUCCCCGAUGGAAAACUGCCGAUCUAAGCUCAAUCAAAGGACUUGCCUGCGCAGCUUCGCACCUCCCACUUCAGCUCGCCGAACAACUUCUUGCUCGUUUUCCAGCCGUGGAAAGACUCCCUCAAGGGUACGGCUUGUCCGAAUUUACGAUAGGGGUCUCCCUGAAACCCUUCCCGGGCAUGCUCAAUGGACGCGCCAAAUGGAAGUCCGACUCUGUUGGAAUGCUUCUUCCUGGCGUCGAAGCAUGCAUUAUCCGUCCCGACGGGUCCCUCGCGGGUCCAAACGAGGCUGGUGAGAUCUACGUCCGCGGGGGCACCGCAGCGCUGGGAUACAAGGGGAACGAGAAGGCGACGCGGGAGACAUUCGUGGAUGGGUGGGUGCGCACGGGAGACCAGAUACGGAUCGAUGAGGACGGUGUGCUUUUCUUCGAGGAGCGCAUCAAGGACACGCUCAAAAUCUCAGGGCUGCAAGUCUCCCCCGUCGAAAUCGAGGAUACGCUCCAUGUGCACCCGGAAAAGCUCAUCACUGACGUGUCCGUCGCAGGCGUUUUUGGCGGGCGCACAUCGGAUGAGCGCAUCCCGCGUGCGUGGGUCGUACUAUCUCCUGCGGGCGUGGCUCUGGGAGAGAAAGAGGUUGUGGCACGGCUUCAUGCGUGGGUGCAGGAACGGCUGAGUCGGUAUAAGUGGUUGAGGGGGGGCAUUGGGAUCGUGGAUGCGAUUCCGAGGUCGCCGACUGGGAAACCAUUGAGGCGGGUAUUGGUGGAGGAAUACGAAAGGGAGUUGAAUGCGAACGCGAAACUCUGAAGUCUGUACGUAUCUUAUCAGUUCAGGUGUUGGAGGGAAGGACGUGGUCGCAGAGGCCCGGGGUCUCCCAGUCCAGCGCAGCCGCAUCAGGGCUAGCACCUGUGAUGUAAGCACUUUGCUGUGAUUGUUGAAACGGAUUGUACACGAUCUGUUGAUUAGAAAUGGCUGGUAUUUGUCCAUCUCAUCAUAUAUGCCAGAGAUUCUCUACGCAUUUCUUUGAAAAGGUG